AUGAAAGCCUAUUAACUUUUAAUUUGGCUUAGUUCAUUUAUUAUGAUUUUUAAUUGUUUGUGUGAGAAGAAAACUUAAUGCUUUGAUUAAAUAGCAAGUAAAUGCUAAGAAAUAGAUGGAUAAAAGUAUAUUGGAAAAAAUAAAAAAAAUAGCUCUUGCGUAACAAACUCAAACAUAAUUGAUGAAAUCGAAUACUGUUUUGAUAAAAAUUCUGACAUUUGCAUAACAAAAGAAAAAAAUUAAUGUGUAAAAAUAAGCGAAGAUAUAAAUUACGUAGCAAUAGUUUAAGAGAAUAACCAAUGCAUAAGAAUUAAUGAAAAUGUGUCUAAACAUGGCAUACCAAAAGAAAUGUCCUUGAUGAAAAAAGGCUAUUGCUAGAACUAUAAUGCCUAAGUAGUGAUCGGAAAAGCUGAUAUGUCACUAAAGAGUUUCUAUUUAUGCUUGGAUUAAGAUAAAAAUUAUGAUGAAAUGUUUUUAAAUCAAGGUUAUUGCUUAGAGAAAUCAACCAAGAAAGCCUAAUUGUUACAAAUGGUGUCUGGAAGAACAAUACAUGGAUUAUGCGUAAAAGAAAAUGAAUAUUAUGAUUAAAAAGUAAUUUGUAAUUACUAAUUCUGUGAGCAUAUGAAUAAAAAUAAUUAAUAUGCAUGUAUUGCUUAUGAUUCUCAUUUAGUUAUUGGUAAAACUUAACUAAAUCAAUGUAUUUUUGAUGACUCAGAACUCUUUGAAAUUUAUAUUUAAUGCAAACCAUAAUUUUGUAGAUAAAUUUAAACUAAUCGCGCUAAUUGCAUUAAAAUUAUUAAUUCUAAAGAAGUUCAACAAAAUGGUGACUGCAUCUAAGGUAAGAAAGAAUCAAGAAAAUUGUUUGGCUAUGGCUCUUAUCCUUGGUAAUGUACCAACCCUUCUUAAUGCUUUGAUUAUAGUCAAUAUAACUGUAUCAAUUUAGGAUCUUCUAACAAUAGUUUAGCUAAAUUAGAUAAUAAUUCUUGUGCAACUUUGAAUGUUGGAACUGCGGUUGCUUGCUAUUAUAGCUAUCCAGCUUGCUUAUCAAGUUAAAAUACAUGCUUACAAGUAACAUACUCUAAUAGUUAAUCAGUUGGGUAAAGAUAAGGAGGACAAUGUGCUAAACUUAAUACCAUUUAUUAAGAUUUAAGUUUUUGCUCACAAAGUUUAUGUAUCACACAAUAUGGACAACUAUCAAAUUAAUUAUGUGCUCCUUUUUAUGGAUCUUCUAGUCUCUUUAUGAACUUUGAUUGCAAUAACAUUUCACAGAAAUCUCAAUAUUGCAAAGAUUCUUCUGGAUAGUUUUGUUUUGAUACAUCUUCUAAAGAGUGUUAUUAAACAUUAAAUUUUGGUGGAUAGGGAGCUGGUUGUUAAUAGAAUGGUACAUGUUAAAUUCUUUCUAAUUAUUAAUUUAUAGGAAGAGCUCAACCAAAUAAUUAAUGCCUACAAAACUAUUAAGAGCCAAACACUACUUUGGAAACUUGUUUCUAUGAUCCUUAAAGGGUAUGCAAAGUGACUUCACCAACAUAAUUUUGUGUGAUAUAUCCAUCAAGUAGUUAGUAUCUAGGAUUUGUUUCUGAAAACAAUGGUUGUGCAGUUUUAAAUUAAGUUACCUUUAGUUUAGGAUAUAUAGCUAAUGUUAUCAAUUUGAGAAGCAAUUACUGCUAAGAUUCUAAUGGAUACAUUAUAUAAUUAGAUUACACUGAUAAUAUAGGUGUAGAUUCAAAUAAAUACUAAUGCUUGAAAUUAAAUUAAAUACCAUAAGGAAUUGUUAUUGAAUGUUAAAAAGGGUAUUGUGUAAACUAAGAUAGAUGCUGCUAAAAAUAUGAUUCUAUCCUGAUUGGAAAGAAUGCUUAAUAACAAUGUCUGUAGGAAAGGCAACCAAUUAGUAUAGAGUGUAGUUUUGAUGAUAUUGAUGUAUGCUUUGAUACUGCUGCACAAGCAUGCAAUCAUUUAAAUGACUCUUUACCUAACAGCUAAGGUAAAGUAUAGGACGGUACAUGUGCUUCAAGUGGCAAAUACUAUUCAAGGAUAUUGAAAUGCUCAUUUAACCAUUGCAUCAAGAAGCAAAGUUCAAAUCCAAAUUCUUUAGAGGGUUGCUUUCCUUUUGAUCUAAGUUAAAACAGAGUAGGAGUUGAUGCAAAUGGAUAUUGUGUACAACUAGAUUAGAUCAAUGCAGUUAGAUGUAUGUAAGGAUAGGUUUGCUUAGACAACUAAAAUGGUUAUACUUGUACCGCCUUAGUGUUUUCAAAGGCUUUAAAUAAAUAUGCGAGGUAAUAAAAUACAAUGUUCUGUUUACCUUACUUAGAUCCUAAUGGCUAGGGAGACCAUAUCGAGACUUGUGUGUUAGGCACUUGUUUAUAUUAUGAUAUCCCCUCUAAUUAAGAUUAUUGUGUUAUUUAAGGAACUAUAGCAAAAGGGAAUUUUAUCGUGGGAGUAGAUAUUUAUUAGCUCUGUAUAUCUGAAAAUCAAAUAACUUCAAAUUAAAUUGUUUCUUGCUUUGCAUUAAGCUAUUGUAUCCUCUAAAUUGGUAUUGGAUAACAACAAAAAUGUUAAGAACUUUAAGACUUUGAUCCUUAUUUUCCUAAUUUGGUUUAUAGAGCUAAAAACUCUAACCAGAACUGCUAAGAUCUAAAUAUGCCAAAUAGUAUAGGUUGCAUGGAUGGAUUAUACUGCAUAAAUACUUAAAAUAAUAAUCGGUGCUAAAUAAUGAAUGAUCCUUCUUAAUUAAAUACGAUAGGAAGAGAUUUAUCUGCUUAGAAAUGUAUACCUAAAAACAAGUCUAUCGCGAGUAAAUGCUAAUAAGAUUUUUGCAUUUUAUAAGGAAUGUGCAUUCCUUUAUCUGAUAGUUAUCCAGGAAAAGAAAUCAAGACUCAUUUAUGCCUCCUGUAAUCAGACAUAGGAUAAUAUGGAGCUUCUAACUGUUUCAAAGAUGGGUAUUGUAUUGAAGUAGAUUCAGAUGGUUUCUAAUCAUGCAAUAAGCUGGAUUUCAGUAAUCCAAAUAGAAUAGGAAUAGAAAAAGACACUCAAAGAUGUAUAUAAUCAAAUCAACCUAUUGCCGUGCAGUGUUCUAUAGAAAAAUAUUGUUUAAACUCUGUUACUCAAAUGUGUUAAGCAAUAGAUUUAUCAUAGAAUAUGUGUGUAGAUAUUCAUGGAAAUUGUGCUUUUAAUGGUUCUUGCAAAACAUGCGAUAUAGAUCAAUGCAUUUCACCUAGCUAAUAAAAUAAAUGUGUUAAUAUAUUUUAACCUACUGUUACAUUUUGCAUAGAUUAAUUUGGUUUUUGUGCAACUUUGGAUAGCUAAAAAUGUGUUUUUUGUCCAGAUGGAUACUGUAACAUACACAAUAAUGGAAAUUGUAUAAAUGGUCCAAAAUUAUUGGAAUCGUUAGUAGGAAAUUCUUGCUUUACUCAGAUAAAGAAUUAAAAUAAUAAAUGUGUAUAAAAAAGUGUUGAUACUCUUGAUAGUGAUGGAAAUUAUUUGUGUUUGAAUUCUUCUGGAAUGUGUUAGCAAAUUGUAAAAAAGAACAGUGAAUGUUUGUUAUGUCCAAAAUAUUAUGUUAAUGCUGGAGAUGAUAAAUGCUAUAGCUUAGAGGAAAUAUCAGUAACUUGGCCUAAUCUUUAACAAGUUUAUUUUAAUAUGCAGCUAAUUUAUGUAAAACAAGACUGCUUCGACAAUUAAUUUUGCUUAAAUGACAACACCAAAAAAUGCCCUCAUGGGUGUUUUUCAUGCUCUUCACAACAGUUUUGUACAUAAUGCAUUUAAGGUUAUUUCCUAUAUCAAGUAUCUCCCAAUUAAUAAAGCUGUAUAAAAUGCAAUUCGGAUAUAUAUUAAUACACAUAAUUAUAAUCAUUUUACUAAAAUAUUCCUACAUAUUCUUGUUUGGAUUGCUCUGCGGAAUAUAGGUUAUGGAAUUAAACUCAGAGCAGCUAUAAAACUUGCCAGAAUUAUAAAAUAUAAUAUGAUUAGAAUAUUUAAAUAGUAGUAAAUCUCUUACCAGCUUCUAAUUUUUAAAUUAAACUAAUUUCUGGAGAGUAUUAACUAGAAUUUUAUUAGCCAAAUUUAUGUGGAAAUAAUUGCUAUUCGUGUAUUUAGAAUUCUCCAAAUUAAAUUUUCUGUACUUAAUGCAAUAUUGGAUAUGUUUUAAGCGACGGAGUAUGCUAAAAGUGUCCUAAUAACUGUUAAAAUUGCUAAUAUGCAACGUUUAUAACAGGAUUUGCAUAACUUAUCACUGAGAUAUAAUUUGAAAAAAGCAAAUCUUCAGACUAUAAUUUUAUAUUGAUUUGCUUAGAAUGUUAAGUUAAAUAUAUGGUUUCUUACGAUUUAUAAUCAUGUUUAUAGUGUGGUACUAGUUGCAUUAAUUGUUAAUACGAAAAUGAAGAAUCAGUUCUGAAUUAUAAUAAAUAUAAUUUAAGAAAGAUAGCCUACAAUGAUUUAAUUUAAUUAAAGUUUAUUUAAAAAUGUACUCAAUGUAUGAACAGAUACUUUUUAUCAUAUGAUGGUAAGUCAUGUUUAAAAAACAUGUAAAAUUGUGACUACAGUAGUCAAAUAGUAGUGUAUGGAUCAUAAAAAUAUGAUUUGACUGAGUAGCUAUGGACUUACACGAAGAUUCCAAUGUUUAACAAAAGUAUUUAGAUUUGCAAAUAAUGCAGUAAGAAUUAUAUAGCUUCAAUAGAUUACACUUCCUGCAAGUUAGGGUGUGUUUCUUAUAGUUUAUAAUCAAAAUGUGCCAAAUGCUCAACUGAUUCUUCUUAUAAUGCUGUUUGCUAAUUUUGCAGUAAAGGUUCUGUUUUAGAUAAUUCUAAUGAACAAACAAAAUGCUAAGAUGCAACUUGCUAAAUUAAUAUAUUUGGAUGUAAUGAGUGUUAUUCAUAUUUAGAUAGUCUUUCAAAUAAUAUCAUGUAUUAAUGCACCUAAUGCAGUAAUCAAUACACUGUCCCAUCCAUAAAUGGUUGUUUGAAAUGUCCUGAAGGAUGUUCUGAAUGUUACGAAGGAACAAGAAAUUUUAACUACACUUCUUUUCUUAUUUACAAGAGACCUUCUUUAAAUAUAUAAGAGAGAUUAAACUACAACUCAAGUUCUACAAAUUACAAGUUAUUUUGUACUAAAUGUUAAUAAGGUUACUAAUUUGAUUAGUAGUUAAAAUUAUGCGUGAGGCUAAACUGUGGAAAAUACUGUCUUUAGUGUGCUUUAAUCAAUAAUUAACCCUAGUGUAUUCAGUGCAACUAUGAUUUAUUAACUUCUUUAAUAAAAAAUUAACAAUAUUUUAUUGGAACACUGUACUACUAUAAAUUCUAGAAUUUUAAUAUAAAAAAUAUGGUUUCUCUUAAUAAAGCUGGGAACGAUUGCUAACUCUGCCCAUUAAUGUGUGAAACCUGUAUUAAUGAUGAGGAUUUAAGUCUCAAUCCUUUGUAUCUGUAUGAUGCCUAAUGCUUUUCUUGCAAAAGCUCACUACCUUCUAGCAAAGUCCUAUCAGAUUAUAAAAUAACUUUUGAUAAGGAAAGAAAAAAAUGUUACCUAUGCUAAAAAGAAGAGUAGGGAUGUUUUUUUAAGAAAUAAUAAACUAUUUAUAUUCAGUGCUUAGAAAUAAAUAGCAGAAAAGGUGAUGGAUCCUUUUAAAAUCCAAUUAAUUUUAAUAGAUUAAGCGAAAUAGACAUAGAUAAAAUUAUUCUCAACGAAAUAGAUUAUGAUCAGGCAAUAAUUUUUUACAAUGAACUUUAAGUGAAGUUAUUAGAAGUACAAUUAAUAUUCAUAGGAGACAAAUGUAUAGAAAAAAGACCUUAAACUUUUUCCACUAAGCUAAAAAUUUAAAUAAGAUCUAUUCAAACAGCAGUGCUCAAAAUAAAUACUAUAACAUCUACUCCAAAUUAGAUGAUGAAAUUUUAAUAAAAUAACAUUUUCCACAUAUCAGGGUUUAAUUAAGUUUAAAUAAAUAACAUUUAAUUUGAAUAAUAAUUAAGUAAUAGCUAAAUAGGUUUAGUUAUAGAUGAUGUUAACUUAAAUCUAUUUACAUUAUCUAAUUGUUAAUUUUCUUAGCUACUGCCAUUGAAAGAUUCUCUCACACUUGAAUAAUAUUUGACACUCCAGCUUUCAACUUUAGAAAAAGCAAAUUUAGUCUUAUAACAAGUCUAGUUUUAAAGUAUAUAUAUCUCAAACAACAAACAGCUUAUAUAAACAAAGAAUAACUAAAACUAAGAAUCUUUCUAAAAUGUAACCUUGACUUCAGUAACUUUCAUAGACGACAGCCAUCUAAAGUACUCAGUUUUUGAAGAAGUUUCUAUUUCAGAUAACUAAUUUAUUUCUAUUGAUUAUGCUUUCUUCCAUUAUAAAACAUCUAUAAAUAGUAACACUUAAAUAAAUGGUAUGAAGCUUUUAAGAAAUUUAUUUUCAACUGAUUAGACUUAAAUAUUCGUUUAACUUGAAAAUACAAACACAAUAUAAAUAUCAGAUGUGUUUAUGCAAGAUAAUUAAUCGUUUUUAUUCUUGAAAGCUAAAAGUGCUGUAAAUGUUUUUAUUACAAAAAUAGUUUAAAUAUAAACUUAAAAUGAACUAAUGGCUCCUUAAAUAUGCUAACUUAAUUAGAUUUUAAAUAAUAUAAACAUCGAUACAAUUGAAUAACAGAACAUAAGCCUAUCUAAAAACAUCAUUUAUAUUGAAACAAGUGAAGUUUGUUUAAAUAAUAAUCCAAUUUUUAAUAAUAACUAAAUCCCUUAAGGAAUAAUUAUAAGCAACAUAAUUAGCAAUUAAGUAACACUUUAAUAUUCAUAAAAUGAUUAAAAUACUUCUCCUGUCUCGAUUUUUUCUAAAGAAGAUUUAAAUAUUUUAAUUUCUAAUAUGAAUUUCUCUGAUUACAGCUCUGUUAUUCGAACAAACUAGAAACCUCUUGGAUAAAUUUCUUUAGGAUUUUACUUUAAAGCACCAACUAUUAGAGCUAUUUUUAACAAGUCUAAUUUCACUAAUUUAAGUUAUGACAGCCCUUUUAAUUGGAUUUAAGGAUAGGUUAAGCAAAUAGAAUUUCAUGAUUGUUCGUUUGAUAAUUAGGUAAAUUUUAGCUUUUAAAGCUAUCAAAAUUUCAAAAGUUAAAAAAAUGGAGGCUUCAUGAUAAUUAAAAGUGAGUACUUGACUAUAAAUAAUUCAAGUUUUAAGAAUGGUUUUUCAUUGAAUGGUGGAUCAUUAUAUUGGAUAUCAUAAAACUUUGCAAAAUUAUAUAUCUAAAACACAACUUUUAGCAAUAAUAUUGCAUACAGCUUUGAUGAUUUAGAAACAUAAGGUGGAGCAAUAUAUAUUAAUGGACAAUAAUCUUUUAGUCUAAGUGUUUUUAUAUAUUAGUCAAUAUUUGAAUCUAACUUUGCUUCUUUUAAAGGUGGAGCUAUAUAAAUAAUUUCGACCAUAACUCCUAGAAGUGUGAUAAUAAUUUAAGAGGUAUUAUUUAGUAAUAAUUAUUCACUCUAAGGAAGUAAUCUUAAUGUAGAGAGCUCAACAAUUGCCAAAACUGCAGUUAUUAUGAAAAAAGUUAUUUGUUAGAGCCAAAUAGAAGUUAUGGCUUAGCAUUAUCAAAAUUUAUCUUCUAUCAUUUCAAAUUCAAAUCAAAAUUAAGUUUCGAAUUCUCUUAGCUCCUUGUUUUUAUUUUAAAAUUCUUAUGAAAUAUCAAUUGAAAACUCGAAAUUUUAAAUAAAUAGUUAAAGUAUUUCUUAAAUAAAUUAAAGAAUAAUCAAUAAUUUUAUCUUUUAGAAAGUGAUUUUUGUAAUCAAUGCUUAUUAGUAUUCUGAGUAUAAUAACACAUAUUCAUAAAGUGUGUUCUUAAAUAAUUUAAUUAAUGUCACACAAGCAACCAUUAUUAGCGUUAGUAGUAACACAAUUACUAAUAAUAUAAAUAUAAACAAUACUAAUAUUUAUUAAUUUUAAAAUAACUAAAUAUAAAACCUAGCUUUUUAUAAUAGCUAAAUAUGCUCAUUGACUUUUUUAAAUGUAAGUAAUAAUAUAUGCAAUUCAUGUUCUUAUGGGAUAAUUCAAAUAUUUUCUUAGGACGUGAUAGUUUAGAAUUCACAAUUUGAAAAUAAUCUGGCUUAGUUAGGAGCAGGAUUAUACUUUUAACAGGAUAAGAGUUAUAAGUCAUUUCAAUAAGGAAUUAAACUAGUUCAGGACUGUCUUUUUAAAAAUAAUAAAGCUUUAAUAAGUGGCGGUUCAAUAUAUAUAAAGAAUUCUCCCUUUCAUAUAAGCAAAAGUAUAUUUUAAAAUAACAACGCUUAAUAAUUUGGAGGUGCUAUAUAUAUUUAAAAUGAUAGCAUUAUGAAAAAUUAAUUGCAAAUUUAAGAUAACUAUUUUAUAGAAAACUAAUCUUAGUUUGGAGGAGCGAUAGCCUCAUCAACAGGAUAAAGUGUUAAUCAAUAUUCUAAUAACACUUAUAUUCAUAAUAAAGCAUAUAAGUAUGGAUAGAAUAUUUAAGCUUCACCAACUUCACUUAAUGUCUAUAUAGAUUCGAAUAUAAAAUAAAUAUAUCAAAACUCUCAUAGCUAACUAACUGUUCAAAACCAUUAUGGAGGUUAUAUUAAGGAAGAUAUCGUUUUGAAGUUCUAUUCUUAGUACUUAGAGGAAAUUAAUGUAAUUCCUGAUGACUCUACCCUUGAUAUAAAGAUAUUAAGAGGAUAAGGAUUUAUUAAUACAAAUAAAAUUUAUUAGUAAAAUGGAGAGUUCAAUUUAACAAAACAACUUUAAAUAUAUGGUAAUAUGGGAUAAGAGCUAAUUUUAUAAAUAACAAGCAAUCAAAUAUAAAUUCCAAGGUAUAAUAUUUCAAAUUAUAUUCUUAGCUAUGAUACAGAUUAUUCAUUAAUUCUGAAAAUUUCAUUUGCUAAGACUUGUCCAGUAGGCUAAGUAAAAAAAUAAAUACAUGAUAAAUUUAAUUAUUGUCUCUCGUGCAUAGAUUCAUACAGUUUCAAGAAUUCAGAUGUAUGCUUUUAAUGUCCGAAUACAGAAGUAAAGUGUUCUGGUAAUAAGAUUUUUUUAACAUCAAGCUAUUGGAGAGUUAAUCAGUAAUCAUCUGUUCUUUACAAAUGUAAAAACUGUAUAGGUGAUUAUAAUUUAAAUGAAAAUGAAAAAGAAAUAAUGAGUUAAAGGUUGAUAGUAAAUGACUUAAACUAUUAUUGCAAAAAAGGAUAUAUUGGUGCUCUUUGCGAGGAUUGUGAUAUAACUGGUAAAUACUGGGGAACUUCUUAUUAUAUGAGCUUAAAUCGUAAAUGUCAAAAGUGUUCAGAAAUAUAAAUACUUGAUAUUUUAUAUCCUAUUUGCUUUACUUUAAUAUUAGUGCUUUUUAUUCUCUCUAUAACUCAUAGCUAUCACAAAUAAGUCUAAAAAAAUUUAUUACAUAAAACGUGCUCAACUAUUUUUAAGGAAUAAAUGUUUUACAUUAGGCAAAACUUUGCAAAUACUGUAAAGCUUUUUAUAUCUUAGUCCUUUGUACUGGGAAUAGUUUUUUACUAUGAUUAAACAAUUCCUAACGUUUUAUCAUCUAUUCUUAUAGAUAUAGGAAAUUUAUUUGUCUUUUAAAUUCGAAUAUUAGACUGCUUAUUGAUGAAAAUAACUUAAGCUAAUUUCUUAACUUUUAAUAUAUUCUUUUACUUUUCUUAUUGGUUCUUUGUUUUAAUAAGUUUCAUCUUGGUUUGCUUCUUUAAAAAAUUUUGCUUUUAAUAUAAAUUAUGGUGCUAAGAAAUUGUGCUAGGAGUGUGGAUUUUCAUUUACAGUUCUUAAUUUGCUAUCCUAAAUAAAAUAUUCAGACAAAUUAAAUGCUAAAAAUUUGAUAGCCAAUCCUUUGUGACUGAUUAUUUAUCUUAUUAUUGUGAUGAAUUUCAAUUUAAAUUCUUUGACUAUGUGCUUUCUGCUAUGUACUCAUUAGUUUUGUUAGUUCCUAUAGGUUUUCUGUUUUUGAAACUUUACAAAAAAUAAUACUUGCUUAAUGAUUAUUAAAAUAAAUUAGUCUAUGGAUAUUUUACAGAAGGAUAUAAAUUAAAAUUUUAUUUUUGGGAUUUGAUAAAAUUAAUAUACAAGAUGUUAUUAGGAAUAAUAGUAUCAUUUUCAUAUCAAAUAAAUCAAAUUCAACCAGUUUUAUCAGUAAUUAUUUCGAUAUUAUACAGCUUCCUCCUUCACUUGUGUUAGCCAUAUCUAUAGAAGAAACUAAAUUAGAUAGAGUUUAAUAUAUAAAAUAGGACUUUAAUAUUAUUCUGCUUAGUUAAUCUAGAUCUUGGUGAUAAUUUUGCUUUUUACUACAUCAUUUUUAGCGUUAAAAUUGUUCUUAUUUCCAACAUUUUAUAUCAAAUAUUAAAAAGUAAUUCCAAUUUGAAAAACUAAUACAUGCAUAUCAUCUAAAAACUAUAGGAAAGCUCAAGAAUUUGCCUAUUCAUAAUUAGCAAGCUAAAGUUGAAUUCUACUUUUAUUAAAUAUCAAAAAUGCUAAAAAAAUUGGAAGAAAAUCAAUUAAAUAAUAUUUGCUAAAAGAAUGGUUGGGUUUUCGAAAACUGAGUAAAUUGAGCUUUAAAAUAUUUUAAAGCAUUUUUACUAAAUUUAAAAGUUAGCAAAUACUAAAGAAUUCACAAAUCUAAACACUUCAAGAAUUUUUACUGGAGCAAAGAAUGCAAUAUGA